AUGGAUAUACAGGAUUUCCAUCACCCUUUCACGCCAUAUGAGAUCCAACUGCAGUUUAUGCGCGCCUUAUACGGGUCUCUUGAAGAUGGAAAAGUCGCCGUAUUUGAAUCCCCCACUGGUACUGGCAAAUCAUUAAGUUUGAUCUGUGGCUCUCUCACCUGGUUGCGCGAUCACAAGCGUAAGGCUUUCCAGGAAUCCUUAGAUCAGGCAGCAGCCGAUGACGAUGAGCCGGAAUGGAUGAUCGAAUUCGCAAAGCGGGAUUCCCGUCGUGCCUUUGCCGAGAAGAGACAGAAAUUCGAGACCCGACUGGCCAAGAUCAAGCAGCAGGAAGAGCGUUUGAAGGUGGCCCAGGACAGCUCAGAGCGCCCUCGAAAGAAACAGCGAUUGGACGAGCCGUCAUCGCAGUCAGAUGCCAAGGCCAAUGAUGAUCAAUUCGUUCUCGAUGACUAUGACAGUGAAACAGAUGAAACAAACGCACAGAGUGCGUCGGCAGGUGCAGAUGGUCUAUCUGCCAGCACCUUGGCCCUAUUACAGCAGUUUCAGGGUCAGUUCUUUUCCAGAAAGCAGAAUGAAGAUGAUGAGGACGACGACUCGGUCAAGAUCUUCUAUUGCUCUCGGACCCAUUCCCAGCUAAGUCAAUUUGCGGGCGAGCUGCGGCGAGUUGCAUUCCCGUCUAGCAUACCCAAAGAUCCUGAUGCAGAAGGUAAAGACGACCUCGCGAAGCUGGAAGAGCGCACCAAACACCUCUCUUUGGGCUCUAGGAAGAACCUGUGUAUCAAUGACAAGGUUCGCGCUUUAGAAAACAACACGGCUAUCAACGAGCGUUGUCUGGACCUGCAGCAAUCCGGCGUAACUGCGGAUAAGAAAUGCUCCUAUCUCCCUUCCAAAGAGGACGAAGCGUUGCUUCUCCAAUUCCGCGAUCAUGCGCUGGCUACGGUAAAGGACAUUGAGGAUAUCGGUAAAGUCGGCAAGGACCUCGGGAUCUGUCCUUACUACGCAUCUCGUUCAGUUAUCAAGCAUAGCGAGAUUGUGACACUCCCGUAUCCACUGCUAUUGCAGAAAUCUGCCCGCGAUGCUCUUGAUUUGUCUGUGAAAGGCCAUGUGGUGAUCAUUGACGAGGCGCACAACCUCAUGGACGCGAUCGCCGGUAUCCAUUCAGUGGCAGUUUCCCUACAUCAGCUGCAGACUGCCAUCUCACAGUUAACGAUCUAUGCACGCAAAUUUAAAAAUCGAUUAAAGGGAAAGAAUCGGAACUACGUCGCUCAGGUAAUUCGACUAGUGAACUCCAUUGCCGACUACUUACGAGGUAUUUCUCAGCAAAAAGGGGCUCAAGAGGGUUCAAUUCAACCCUCAGACCUAAUGGCCGGCAAAGGAGUUGACCAGAUAAAUCCUUACAAACUGUCUCGAUAUCUACAGGAGAGUAAGCUGGCCCGAAAAGUGGAUGGCUAUGUCGAGUCCUCCCAAGCACAGGAGCAAGGACAACCCAAAGGAAAGACUAAAAUCAAGACAAGCAUGCCGGUUCUUUUUCACAUUCAAAGCUUUCUCUUACCUUUGAUGAAUCCAUCUGAGGAAGGGAGAUUCUUCUACCAAAAGGACCAGGAUAACGUACUGUUGAAAUACAUGCUUCUCGAUCCUACCAAUCACUUCCGUGAAAUUGUUGAAGAUGCUCGAGCUGUAAUAUUGGCUGGUGGCACGAUGUCUCCGAUGUCUGAUUACAGAAACCAUCUAUUCUCAUAUUUACCGACAGAACGUCUUGAUACAUUCAGCUAUGGUCACGUCAUCCCAAAGGCCAACCUAGUUGCACAAACACUGACUCGAGGACUCAUGGGGUCGGACUUUGACUUUACCUAUGAGACACGAGGGUCUGAGAAGAUGAUCACCGACUUAGGCCGGACAAUAGCGACCCUCUGCCAAGUCAUCCCAGACGGUGUUGUUGCGUUCUUCCCUAGCUACGACUACCUGAGUCAAGUAUUGACUGUUUGGAAGAAGCCCAUCCCGAAUGGCAACGGUCAAACUACUCUCGGCCUGAUCGAACGGAAAAAGAAAAUUCUUUAUGAGUCACGCGAAGUAGUGAUAACCACCGAUGCCUUGCUUCAAGAAUACACCGAAGCCGUCGAAUCAGGGUCGGGGGCUUUAUUGUUAUCUGUGGUCGGAGGCAAGCUAUCGGAAGGUAUUAACUUUUCUGAUCGACUAGGCCGAGGAGUCUUGAUCAUUGGUCUACCUUUUCCAAACAUUCGUAGUGCUGUUUGGCAGGCCAAGAUCAAAUACAUCGAGGAGAAGACCUUCAAGAUUAGUUCGGGGACAGAAUCGGUGAAGAAGGCAAGUGCCGCGGCAGCUGGGAGGGACUUCUACGAAAACUCCUGCAUGCGAGCCGUCAACCAGUGUAUUGGGCGUGCCAUUCGGCAUGUGAAUGACUAUGCAGCCAUCGUGAUGAUUGAUCGUCGAUAUGACUCGGCGCGCAUCCAGGGCAAAUUGCCUGGCUGGAUCAAGGGGAGUCUAAUUUCUUCGCCAUCUGAGCGUCCAGCGCAUAUGACGGUGCAGCGAAUGUCAAAGUUCUUUGCAGAAAAGAAGUUAUCAAUUGUCUAG